GGGGGGGGGGGGCGGGGAGUGGGGUAGAGGGAGAGGGAGAGAGAGAGAGAGAGAGAGAGAGAGUUUUUUUACUCUCCCAAGGCUGCAGCAGGGUUUUGGACUGCCACCAAAAGUUGUGGUUCUAAGUUCAUUGAGAGGGGCAUCACCCCCACCCAAAGCACUUUGAUGUGUUGAUGCUCUUUCUUGUCCUCCUCACCCUCCUCCUCCCUCUCCUCGUUGCUUCUGCAAAACCCUACUCUCUGGAUUCUUGUUGCUCAUGGGUGAGAGUUAGAGGGAAAAAGGGAGGGGUUUUCUUUCUCUCUCUUCUCUUCUUCCCUUAUUAACACUCUUCUCGUCCUUCUUCUGCUCUGCUCUACUCAGUCACAGUCACACACACAAACACACACACACACACACACACACACACUCUCCCCAUCAUACUCAUAUAUUCCAAUCAUCAUUGUAAAAUUAAAACCCACCCAUCAUUACCUUUUACUAGCAGAGUUCAAAGUUCAAACCACUCUCUCUCUCUCUAUAAAGCUUUCUCUCUCUAGAGCUUACUGGGUUUUUGUUCAUGGAUUCUUAUGAAGCAACAAAGAUAGUGUUCUCCAGGAUCCAAGCUUUGGAUCCAGAGAAUGCUUCCAAGAUAACGGGCUUCGUGCUCAUCCAAGAGCACGGCGAGAAGGAGAUGAUAAGGUUGGCGUUUGGGCCGGAGAGCCUUCUUCACGGUCUCAUCCACAAAGCCAAAGCUCACUUGGGACUUCCGUCAAACAGUUCAUCGACGCCCUCCACGCCCUCUUCUCCUUCCCCCUUCAACCCCCUCUCCAUCCCCAGACCCACCCCCUUGUCUCAGCACUCUCCCAGAAUCAACACCACCCCCACCAACUCCUACAACCUCCCUUCGCCGCUGGCCGUCCCGGCGAACCCCCCGUCGCCGUCUUCCGCUCAGUGGCAUCUCUCUGGGUUUUGCCCCAAUUCUGCUUCCUCGUCGCCGUCUUACGCCGCUGUGGUUAACGGAGCCAGCAACAUGUGUGGUAAUGGUAGUGGUAGUAACAACAGUAACACUGUUAAUAGUAGCAGCAGUACUAGUUCUUCAACUUCUUCGUUUGCGUAUUGCAACAACGGUGGUGCCCAAGGUGAUCUCUUCGACGAGUACAAUCUUCAAGACCAUCUAUCGUUCCUCAACGACUCAUCUUCGUCUGCGAAGAAGGUGGAUUUGUUCGACGCCCAAUGCGGCGGAAACAGUAACGUUUUGGGUGAUCGCAUGGUGCUUCCUUAUGGGAUUUCUACUACCAGCUGGGGAGAUUCCAUCAAUGGCGAGAACCAAAAUCAUCACCUUCACAGGCGAAGCCUUUCGCUGAGCGAUGCCUGCUUUGGGUCUGAGGACUCUGGUCCUGGGUUUGGGUGGAAGCCGUGCCUCUACUUCGCUCGGGGAUUUUGCAAGAACGGGAAUAGUUGUAAGUUCCUUCACGGCGGGUUUGGCGACUCUGUUGAUUCUCCGACGGCCGUGGUCGGGUCGCCGAACAAGCUGGACGGGUUCGAGCAAUGUCAAGAGAUGCUGAGAUCUAAGGCGGUGGCACAGCAGCAGAGACUGGCUGCUGCGUCUCAGCUCAUGGCUGGUGUUUCAUUUCCUUAUAACAAAUGCAUGAAUUUUCUUAUGAAUGACACCCAGAGAUCAGCAGCAGCUGCGUUGAUGAUGGGAGAAGAAUUUCAAAAAUUUGGGCGAUGCCGAUCCGAAAGGAAUGAUUUUUUGGCAAUGGGUAUGGGUGGAAAUGUAAACCCAGGUUCCAGACAGAUUUACUUGACAUUCCCUGCUGAUAGUACCUUUAGAGAAGAGGAUGUUUCAAAUUACUUCAGCAUUUAUGGCCCAGUACAAGAUGUGAGGAUUCCAUAUCAGCAGAAGCGAAUGUUUGGGUUUGUUACAUUUGUUUAUCCAGAGACUGUAAAGAUCAUUCUGGCCAAAGGCAACCCUCAUUUUGUAUGCGAUUCGCGCGUACUAGUCAAGCCCUACAAGGAGAAGGGAAAAGUCCCGGACAAAAAGCAACAGCAGCAGCAACAGCAGCAACAUUUGGAAAGAGGAGAUUUUUCAGCCUGUUCUAGCCCAUCCGGGCUUGAAUCUAGGGAGCCUUAUGACCUCCAACUCGGAGCAAGAGUGUUCUACAAUACCCAAGAGAUGUUGUUGAGAAGAAAAUUAGAAGAGCAGGCUGAUUUGCAGCAAGCUAUUGAACUUCAUGGGAGAAGACUGAUGAAUCUGCAACUUCUUGACAUGAAAAAUCACCACCACCAUCAUCAUCAGUUCCAGCAGAAUCUUCCUGUUGGAGCUCCCAUUCCCUCGCCUACUCAAUCUCAGACUCAUGCCAACCAAGCACUUGUUACUCCGUCUGAUGGAAUCAAUCAAGAAGUCCCAGAAGAGAAUGGCGUUACUCCAGCUGCAUCCACUUCUCCUCCUGCUGCAGCUGAGCAGCCAUUGCAGCAGGAAGUGAAUGCAGCGUCUAAUCACAACAAUGGCAAUGACAGUGACAAUAUUAAGGAGGAAAGCUGCAAUAUUGAAGACACUGAUAUCCAUGAAAGUUUAGAGCACAUUCUGCCUGAUAGCCUCUUUGCCUCUCCUAAAAAAUCAGCUGGCGACCAACUCUCUGCCUUCUCCCCUGCUAUGGCAGAGGCUGAUGAAAACAUUGCAGCUGCAACUGCUUCAUCUUCUUCUAAUAGUAACCCAUUACUGGCCACCACUUCUACUCUCAGUAUGGCUGCUAAAAAAUCAUGUUCCUUCCAGAUGCCCAGGUUUUCUUCUGAGCAUGGAGCUAUUGAAAUGUAGUUGAUAAAUGUGUGCUGGCCAGCAAUUGGGGAAUUAACCUAGGUCGGAAAGCCAGAAAGGUUGAGCAGAGCAUAUACAAGGAAGAAAAAUCCUCUAGCUGUAUAGCCAAACCCUAUCCACAUCAAAGAAAAGAUCUGUAGACAGGAUCUCAUCAAGAUCACCACCACCAUCGUCAAUACAUACUACUUACAAAAUACAUAAUGCAUACAUAAAGGACAGAUGAACUGAUUUAUGGGAGUGGGGUCUCUAUUUCUUUACUGUGUACCCUCUCUGUAGGUGUGUGCUGGACCACACAAAACAAGCAGGACAAACGCAGGCUAGUAACUCCUUUUAUGUAGUUAUUAUAAUUUACUCUCCUUUCAUUUUUCCAUUUACCACCCAUCUGUUGUUUGUGAGGUGAAAAAUCUUGAAAGAAAAGAGAAGGAAAGCCUGUUUGAAGGGAAUUGACCUAUACCUAUGUGUACAGAAUUACCCAGAAAGUUUAAUGGUCCAGAAACAUGAGUAUAACAACUAUACUGAUAUGGGGACCCAAAGAGGAAAAGUUGUGGGAGGUCUGUAAGUGGAGUGGGAAAGUAGGGUUUCUGGCCUCUUUUUUUGUUUUUAUUGUUCUUGUUUCCUAGUUACUGUAUCUGUCAUCCAUAAGAUGGAUCAUCGCACCAACAGCAGAAUGGAAAAGAAAAGCAUCAUUUGUAAAAAAAGAGAGAGAGAGAGAGAAAAGAAGGGGGGCAAAAGAAAAGAGUCUUCUUUUAUGUGAUUAAAGGUUACUUUAGGGGGGAACCCUUUGUCUCAUUUUGUGGUUUCUUUUAGGUGGACAUGAAGGGAGAAGGGCCACACGGUCACAUGGGGCUCUGACACAGUAUGAAUGGUAAUCAGGGUAUCAACACACUCCGGUCACUUUCACUCCCUUGGCCUCAUUUAGAUUAUAAAUAUAAUAUGCUUGAACUUUUAUAUUAUAUUGUAUUUGGGUACUGGAGCCCCUGAUGUUUGGGCCUUUUCAUUAUUAUGGUGUGCUGCAUGUGCUCCAAUUUUUACUGCUUGCACUCCCAACUGUUCUCUGAAUCUGAAUUGCCAUCUCAUCCACAUUGUGGAGUUCAUGCAGGAAAA